AUGCCCCAAGGAUACGCCAUUUUCGACCAGGCCAAGUGGUCUGACUUCCAGAAGAUUGACUUCGACUUGAAAAACCCUGCGGACGAUGACGUAGAAGUGUCUAUCACGCACUGUGGUAUCUGUGGAUCCGAUCUGCACACGGUGCGCGGCGAUUGGGGCACUUUUUGUGUACCUGCUGUGAUUCCCGGACACGAGAUCGUUGGCACCGUCACGAGCGUCGGUAAAUCUGUCCAGGACAUCAAAGUGGGCGACCGUGUCGGUAUCGGUGCGCAAGUCGGCUCUUGCAUGAACUGCAAUGACUGCUCGCAUGACAACGAGAACUACUGUGCAAAUUACAUGGUGGACACAUACAACUCUCGCUGGCCUGAUGGCAGUAUUGCACAAGGCGGCUACUCCACCGCCAUUCGUGCGCACCAGAAGUUUGUAUUCCCUAUUCCGGACGGUAUCAAGUCGGAGCACGCGGCACCUAUGCUGUGUGCAGGACUUACCGUGUACAGCCCUCUCUAUCGGAGCAAGGUGGGUCCAGGAAGCCGUGUAGGUGUCAUUGGCGUGGGUGGUUUGGGCCACUUUGGUAUCAUGUUUGCGCAAGCCCUGGGAGCCGAGGUUUUCGCUUUUUCCCACACUGCCUCUAAAAAAGAGGACGCACACCGUAUGGGUGCUAACGAGUUUAUUUUGAUGGACAAGUCGGAUGACUGGCUCAAGCGCCUGCAACAGGCUCCCCUGGACGUGAUCAUUAACACGGCCAGCUCGUCCAGCGUAGAAGUGGCCAAGGUUGUCUCGUGCCUCAAGGUUGGUGGCCACAUCUACUGUCUGGGCCUGCCGAAGGAAGGCUUCAGGUUGCCUGUAAUGCAGCUCUGUGGUCGUGGCGCUUUUAUCGGCAGUAGUCACAUUGGUUCCAAGAAGGAGGCUUUAGACAUGCUCCGUCUUGCUGCCGAGAAGAAGAUCGAACCUUGGAUCGAAGUGCUUCCUAUGAAGGAAUGCUCCAAGGCCAUUGAGCGUGUAGCGAAAGGAGAUGUUCGUUACCGCUUCGUUCUUGAGCAGGACCUGUGA